AUUAUAUUGUCUAUCUAGUUUUGUUGUAUCGCUGGCAAUUCUUGAAAAGGAAUUAAAUUAAAAUAAUAAUCUCCCAUUUAAAACCGGAAAGCAAUCUUUAAACGGCGGGUUUGAAUUUCUCUGUUGAACAGAAAAGAAGCUGCCAAAAAGAAGAUCCAAAGUCAAUCAUCUUCUUUUUGCAUCAUCACAAAAUUAGGGUUUAUCGUAAACACAACCCCCCAGAAGCUCCCUUACUGUUGAAGAACCUAAUAUCUCUGAUUCAGACAAAUCUCCCUCUCUCUUACAAGACCCGUAUCUCUCCUCUACUGAUUUUCCGACAAAGCUUAAACCCUUUAUAUGCAAGCUCAAAAAACUCCGAUGAAUUCACAUCUCUUCCGCGUAAUCUGCAUCCUCCACUCCGUAAUCGCGCUCACGAGCGGAACCUUGAUGAUGUUCUACACAGAGAAAGCCUCCAUCUUUGGCCACGGCAGCGACAUAGCCAACAAGCUCAAAGGCUCAACGCCUCACGACGAGCUCCUCAUCCAGAUCUCUCAGUCCUUCUCCGGUUUGCUUCUCUUUGCGAUCGGUUUGGUGCUUUUCAUGGUGUCCUUUGUCAAAGACAGAGACUUUCAUAGCUUCUUCGCCGGAGGGUCUGUGAUUCUCUAUGUGCUUAUGGCGUUAUGGAGAGUUAUGUUUGAGUGGAAGAUUGAAGAUCUCGCCUUUGAGUGUCCCAAGCAAGCUCUUGGUGAUAUUGCCUUGGCUGUCUCUUGGGUUUUCUUUCUUGUUUAUACUUGGAGAGAGAAGUAUGAUUGAUUGAUGUUUUUUUCUUUUGUGGGCUUUGAUACAAAGUGGUUAGUGAAAUCUUUUAGAUCAAAACCAUUGUUGGUUUCAUAGUUUUUUUUUUUCAGAAGAUCAAAGUGUGAAAAGUUGGAUUCUGUAUUCGUCUUUGUAAAUAAUUUGUUGUGAAACAAUGCCUUUUACAAGCUAAAGCAGUUUCCAGUCA